UUCAUUCAUUGCACAGAUGAUUCUCCUGACCCAAAUGUAAAGUAUGAGCUUGUUCUAAGGAAAUGGUGUGAGUUGAUUCCAGGUGGAGAAUUUAGAUGCUUUGUUAAAGAAAACAAACUAAUAGGUAUAUCACAAAGAGAUUAUACACAAUAUUAUGAUCACAUCUGUAAGCAAAAAGAGGACAUCCAAAGAUCAAUACAGAAAUUCUUUAAAAAAAACAUCCAGUACAAUUUCUUUGAUGAAGACUUUGUUUUUGACAUAUACAGAGACAGUGAGGGGAAAGUUUGGUUAAUUGACUUUAACCCAUUUGGAGAAGUAACAGACUCAUUGCUGUUCAGCUGGGAGGAGCUGACCAAAGGAGCAAAUCCAGGAGACGAAGAAAAUUUUGAUCAAGUAUUGCAGGAUUGUCCUAUAUUCCGCUAUACAACAAGUGAAGUCACAGUGCAGCCUAGUCCGUACUUGAGUUACCGUUUGCCAAAGGAUUUUGUCGAUCUUUCUACAGGAGAGGAUGCUCAUAAACUCAUUGAUUUUCUUAAACUGGUGAGUAAUAAUUUAUUUGGAUUCCUGUUCCUUCUCUAG